UCUCCGUGCUAUAAAUACUCGAUAGGAGAAGAAAGAGAGGAGAGAAAAGCCGAGGAAGGAGGUUUGCGGCGUUUUUUGGGCGAAAACAGCACCUAGCCAUGUCUCGCCAGGCCGCGAAGCUGGUCGGAUCCCUCGCCUCCAAGCUCGUAUCCCAGCCCAAGCUCUCCGCCUCCUCUCCUCUAGCCUCCCAAUCCCGCCGCCACUUCGGGGCGGCGCCGCCCCCGGCGCCCGCCGUCUUCGUGGACAAGAACACCCGCAUCAUAUGCCAGGGGAUCACCGGCAAGAACGGCACCUUCCAUACCGAGCAAGCCAUCGAGUAUGGCACCAAGAUGGUUGGUGGAGUCACACCAAAGAAAGGUGGAACUGAACACUUGGGUCUUCCAGUGUUUAACACAGUAGCAGAAGCAAAGGCCGAGGCAAAAGCUAAUGCAUCAGUUAUAUAUGUUCCUCCGCCUUUUGCUGCUGCUGCAAUACUGGAGGCACUUGAAGCUGAAUUAGAUCUUGUUGUGUGCAUUACCGAAGGAAUUCCCCAGCAUGACAUGGUUCGGGUGAAGGCUGCUCUUAACCAGCAAUCAAAAACUCGACUUAUUGGACCAAACUGUCCUGGCAUUAUCAAGCCUGGAGAAUGUAAAAUCGGAAUAAUGCCCGGUUAUAUCCACAAGCCAGGGCGUAUAGGGAUUGUAUCUCGAUCUGGUACCUUAACUUAUGAAGCGGUUUUUCAGACAACCGCUGUUGGUCUAGGACAGUCAACUUGUGUAGGUAUUGGGGGUGACCCCUUCAAUGGGACAAAUUUUGUUGAUUGUGUAACCAGGUUCCUUGAUGAUCCUCAAACUGAAGGUAUCGUUCUUAUCGGAGAGAUUGGUGGUACUGCAGAAGAGGAUGCUGCAGCUUUAAUACGGGAAAGUGGAACUGAGAAGCCUAUUGUUGCAUUUAUUGCUGGACUUACAGCACCGCCAGGUCGUCGCAUGGGUCAUGCAGGAGCAAUUGUGUCAGGUGGUAAGGGUACUGCACAGGACAAAAUCAAGACCCUCAGAGAAGCAGGCGUAACAGUGGUUGAGUCCCCAGCCAAGAUUGGUGUUGCUAUGCUUGAUGUUUUCAAACAACAUGGACUAGUGGAUUAGGAGGCAUUGCCAUUAUAAUACUCCUGGAAAUACCAGGAAAUGAUCUUUUCCCCAUUAUUAUACUCCUGGAAAUGUCAGGAAGUGAUCUCUUCAAUUUACUACUGCUUUGAGCGUGCGGUAGCAGCUCACAUUUGGUUCUUCUCGUUUUAUUUUCCUGCGGGAAUUAGCUCUCUUUUCCAUCCAAGCAGAGUCUCUUUUUUUUCUCUGACGAUUUUCCAAUAAUUAAACAGAAACCUCUCAGUGUACACAUUCCAUGCUUAUUGCUUCACAAUACAUGUUUAUUGAUUUGGAAUCCAAUCAGCUAAUUUUCAA